AUGAGGCAGCCCUUACUGGCGCGCCUGGGCAUCGAACCUCUCACCUGGCGGCGCCAGGUGGUGCUAAUGAUAUGCGGUCAUGUGUAUGCAUUAACAGGUUCGGCUGACUCAAACUACUCCCAGCCGUCAUCAGAUCUCUCACUGGACGAGGAGAGAGAGAACUUAAGGAGGGAGACAGAGAGACAGGCUCUCUCACAGCUUGAUAAGGCCAGGACCAAGCCAGUUGCGUUCUCGGUGCGGACCAACGUGGCUUAUGAUGGUUCUCUGGACGAUGAUUCUCCUGUACACGGCUCGGCCAUCUCCUUCAACGUCAAGGAUUUCCUCCACAUCAAGGAGAAGUAUGACAACAACUGGUGGAUCGGGCGCCUGGUGAAGGAGGGAUCGGACGUGGGUUUCAUUCCUUCUCCAGUCAAGCUAGAGAACCUGAGGCUCCAGCAGUCGCAGCAGAAGAGUUCCAAGCUGUACUCCUCAAAAAACUCUUCCUCGGGUAACCUGGGCAUGAUCAAUGAUGUUCUAUCCAAUAGCAAGAGCUCAAACUCCCGAGGCUCUACCCCCCCUACCCCUGGAGUCACAAUUAUCCAUUAGAUAUCAAUUUUUCACUUUGUUAUGGAUUGAAGUGCACUGUUUCUUGCCUACCCUUCCCUUCUCCUUCUCCUCAGUUUAUUGUUUGCUUGGUUUGCCAACCUGAGCUGAAAGAGGCUCCCAUGUGAUGUCACAGACAUAGGCCACAGCUCAAACCCUCUUCACUUUAAUACUACUCAGAGAACUUAAAUUUUUUGUGUUAAAUGUGAAAUUAUACUUUGUUAAAUUGUACUUUACUGAUGACUGUUGCAUAUUGCCAUAAGUAGAUGUGUACUUACUGUAUUUUUAUAAUAAUAUUCACAGAAAAGUACUAAACACUAAAUGUUUACUUAAUAUAAGCAUCUGGAAAUGUUAAGGAAAUAUUUGUAUGGAUUUUGCACAAUUUGAUAAUGUGAGCCAUGUUGUGACUUCACAUGGCAUAGACUGCCAGCUGCGUGACAACCCGACACACCAGUGAUGCCGGUAUAUAGUAAGACCAACCAUUCCAUUCUACCCAUCAUGCAACCAUAAUCACUCUAUUAUGGAAUGCAUUUAUCAUUAAAGUUUCAGCAUUUUACAGUAAAGUUGAUGUGAGUGAGGUGAUUAAUGCAGACUUUGGAAGGGAACCAAGAGACGUUCCGGCUGGGGCCCCUCAACAUGUUGCCCAGCUCUGCUCUUGGUACCACACCUUGCAUGGGAGGUGCCUUGAUGCUGCUGAAGGGCUCUGGAUUCGAGGAAAUGGAGCUACUCUUCCCUUACUCGGAUUAAACCUGAUUGUCCCUCAUUCCACAAGCACUGUAUUAUCCUUGCAGGUUUAACACUUCCCUAUAAAUAUAAUAAUCAUGAUGAACUUGGUGCAGUGUCAGGGCAGAGGCAUGCACCUGUUGCUACUCAUGUCUCAAACACUUGAGUAGGCAGCAAGAGCUUUUGUGUUACCUGUAUAUUUCUCUCCAAGUCACAGCAUUACUUGUUGAACUUGUGUAGAUUUUGAGACUGAAAAGCCAGAUUAUUAUGUUCAUAUGAAGUGUUAAAACCUGUUUGGUUCAUACAGCUUCAGGAAUGGUGGAGGGUAGAUGCUCUGCCCAUUAAGAGUGAGACACUUUAAAGAGCCAGGGAGGAAGGUAGUGUGUUAUGAAAUGUCUUAAACUUGGGUUUAUGAAAAGUAUCGACUAACAGUUACUGUGCAACACUAUCAGCUACUGCCAGUGCUGUAGAUGAAGGUGCCUAAGGUAGAGUGAGGAUCUUGUAGCAGAGGGUGGUGUUAUGAUGUAGCCAGCCUUAUUGCACCCCACACAAACACACAUGUAGCAGUGGGUAGUAUUAUGACCUGGCCAGUCCCACUUGACCCCAUGCACAUACAUGUAGCAUUGGGUAGUGUUAUGACCUGGCCAGUCCCACUUGACCCCACACACAUAUACCAGUUGUCUUCACCCUUCAGCCUCAUGCAUGAUGCUGCCUUCCACCUAGCAAAUACUUCGUAACUCUUAAUUUCUAGAUUAUUAUAUAAUUUAUUUUUCACAUUGAACAUUAGGAUAGUAUGUGGUUAAUCAUUAUAAUCUUGUAUGCAGAAAAUUUGUAUUGUUUGAAUCCCAUUGUUCACUGAACGACUUGAAGAUUUAGUUUUAGUACUUCAGUUUGACUUCAUUAUUCACCCUACAGAGUGUAAACUAUGGUGAAGCUAACCGUAGACUUUAUCCUAAGUACAAUAGCUCCAAACAGUCUUUCUCGAGUCUGGUUCAUUUAGACUCAAUGAAAUAAGUAUUGUGUAUACAAGCCUGUAUGGUUAUUACAUGAUGUACUUUCCUCCCUGUGUGACCCUGUGAUACCUGGGAUGGUGAUGGUGUGUAAGUAAGAGUUAACCCUCGUGCCUGCUUCCCGUACUGGCUUCUUUGGCUAGUCAAUCCUCGUAUAUAGCUCCGUACAUUGCUAUUUUUUUAUAUUUUUUGACUUGCUCAAGUUAAUGAAUAAAUGCCUUUUCUACAAGACUUUUGUAUACUUUUUCGUACCCAGAUGCAAGACAGGCAAUAUUUUUUGUAACCACUAGCUUUGGAAAACAUUAUUAGAAUAAUGUGGAGAAGCUUGAAGAUCUUAGGUGAGAUGAGAGUCGCCUGGUAAUGUUAGUUCUGUAUGUUAAGCUCAUGGCUCUUGCUAACUCACACAACAAAUUAUAUCAGCAUUUUAACCCUACACUUUUAUUAGUAUUCUUCCUGGAAGUUUGUUCUUCUUCACUUUCUCCCUCUUAUCUUUUCUUCCCUCUUACCCCCUGUUAUUUAUUACCCCUUCUUUCCUCUUAAACCCUAUUCUUUGUCACUCCCUGUCCCAUUGUAUUCCUUCCUCUCUCAUCUUCUCAUCUCUCUCAUCCUCCUCCUCUCCCUCAUACCAUCAUACUAAGUUUCGAAAUGAUCAUUCUUUAGGUUUCUGCACAGUCAUGAGUUUCCCCACCAUCAUAUUAUAAGUUUCCCCACCAUACCAUGAGUUUCCCCACCAUCAUACUGUAAGUUUCCCCACCAUCAUACCGUGAGUUUCCCCACCAUCAUACCGUGAGUUUCUCCACCAUCAUACCAUGAGUUUCUCCACCAUCAUACCAUGAGUUUCCCCACCAUCAUACCAUGAUUUUCCCCACCAUCAUACUGUGAGGUUCCCCACCAUAUAAGUUUCCCUGCCAUCAUACCAUGAGUUUCCCCACCAUACCAUGUGUUUCCCCACUAUCAUACCAUGAGUUUCCCCACCAUCAUAUAUGUUUCCCCAGCAUCAUACCAUGAGUUUCCCCAUCAGCAUCAUGUGAGUUUCCCCACCAUCAUACCAUGAGUUUUCCCACCAUACCAUGAGUUUCUCCAUGUAAGUUUCCCCACCAUUCUGAGUUUCCCCAUCAUCAUACUGUGAGUUUCCCCACCAUCAUACCAUGAGUUUCCCCACCAUCAUACUGUGAAUUUUCAUCACCAUCAUAUUAAGAGUUUCCCCACCAUCAUUCUAAGAGUUUCCUCACCAUUUUCAGUUUCACUACGUGUCUCAUAAAAGUCACUCACUAGAUGUUUGAACAACUGUAGUAUAUCACUCACAACCUGUUUGCAACAUUUCACCAAUGGCUCUCACACUUGGAGAUGGAUAAGUUAACCAGUGCAAACUGCAGGCAAUAUGUCAACACAUGGUAAAGGACGGACUGGUAGCAGUGCUAGGAUGUUUCAUAUAUAAGUCAACUUUAUCUUGUAGCACUUAAGAAUACCCAGUCAUGGGUGAAACACGAUAAGUAUUAGUGUCUUUUUCAAUGAUAGGUUAACUCACAUCCAAAAUUCAAAUUUUUAAAUAUUUUAUACAGUACAGAUAGUAUAGUUUACAUGUAAUAAGAUAUUAGUAGGCACAAAAGGAAGCCACUAGUAUGCAGUGCAUUUUGGGCAAACUAAUCCUAAUGCUUAAAGACUACUUGAGGACUUAGAUAUGUUAUAUUAUUCCUGUUGUUUAUACAUAUGCACCUUGGUAGUUGUACCAUUGUCUUAGUGGUAUAAACACCCAGAGGCACAUAUCUUAGUGUAUAUAUACUCUGAAAUAUGUAUAUUUCAGUGAACAUACACUUAGAACUUACUUUAAUUCUUACUUUAGGGAUUUAAAGUGUUUUAGACAUAAGUGUUGAAUUUGAUGCUCUUGCAGUAAUGCAUUUGACUCUUGAAAAACUAAACUGUUCAUGGUCAAUCCCCUCUCUAAGCAGACUAUGAAUUGAAUUAGAAACUAAUAGUUUUAAUUGUAGUGAUUUUGUUGAUUAUUUUUAAAGUUAGUAAGGUUACAACUGUUACAAAAGAAUACAUAUCCUAUAUGUAUAUGUUUGUAUACACAUAUACACACACAAAUUAGUCUCAUUUAACAGGGUAAUUACAUUCCUGAAACAGCAGGUAAAUAAAAAUUUAGUGUAAAAUGAACUGAGGAACAUAUAGAAAAAUUAGGGUUUUAUCCUUGACCCCCAAAAAUGCCAAUUAUAUUUUUAGUUUAUGUCUCUUAAUUCUAAAAAAAAAAAAUAAUAAUGUAAUUGUAGUUGGAUGUAGUGAGCUGUACAUAAUUUAAAUACAGUGCUUAUAGCUAAAAAAUUAUAAAUUAAUUUUUCUCCCCUUAUAAUCUGGUUGCUGGCAUGUAGAUAAUCUUGAGAGGCCUGGAAAGGGAUGGUGUGGCCCUACUGGGCCAAAAUGGAUAGGUGGUUGUGAAUCAUAGGCUGAGGUUCUAGGGCUGAUAUCAGUGAAGGGUUCUUGUAGAUUAUAGUUGUACUGGAGUGUUCAGGUAUUUUGCAUGAGCUGCUUCAGACUCUGCUUCAGAGAAGCAAUAGGUUAACUCAUAUCCAAAAUUCAGUUUUUUUUUAAUAUUUUAUGCAGUACAGAUAAUGUAGUUUACAUGUAAUAAGAUAUUAUUAGUCACAAAAGGAAGCCACUCAAAACCAAAAUAAAAACUUACUUUUUAAAUAAACUUUCUUAACCCUUUCAGGGUCCAAGGCCAAAAUCGGAAGGGGUGCCCCAGUGUCCAAGAAAUUUUGAAAAAAAAAAAAAAAUAUUUUUUCUUACAUAAUUAAAGAUAAUAUUUUUGUGAAGGUAAUAAAAAAAAAAAUUCUGAUCGGCACUUACCGAGAUACAGCGGCGGGAAGUUGACCCAAAA